CUGCGGGGAAUCGUUCUCUUUUGUUUUUUUUUAACGAGAUGCUGCUAAUGACUUCAUUUCCUAGCUCUGGUAGCUAAAUACUACGUUGGAGUUGAAAGUUACAAAUGAUGGCAGCAGCGAGGAAAAGGAAAAGUGAAGCUUUGGGAGAUGAAACCGAGGAUGAGGAGCGAGGAGACAGGCGAAGGAGGAUCAGGAUAAACAACAAACACAUCGGCGCUCAUGUUGGUAUUCAAGGAGGGAUCUGGAAGGCGGUGGAGUCCAGCGCGGCGCUCGGCGCCGGCGCCUUCGCUCUGUUUCUGGGCUCUCAGCGCUCGUGGAAGAGGCCGGCGCUGGACCCGGCCGCUGCGGAUCGGUUCCAGGAGAAAUGCUCUGAACUCGGCUUCGACCCGGCUCACAUCCUGCCUCACGGCUCCUACCUGAUGAACUGCGGAUCGCCCAGAGACGACGUGUCUGAGAAGAGCCGCGCCCUGCUGGUGGAUGAGCUGAGCCGCUGCAGCCGCCUCGGCCUCCGCCUCUACAACUUCCACCCCGGAUCCUCGCUGGGCGCCAUCAGCACCCAGCAGUGCCUGGACAAGAUCGCCGCAGCCAUCAACCACGCUCACCAGCAGACUCCUGCUGUGGUCACAGUGCUGGAGAACAUGAGCGGUCAGGGCAGCACAGUGGGGGGUCGGUUCUGUGAGCUGCGGUGGAUCAUCAAGCGGGUCCGGGACCGGAGCAGAGUGGGGGUGUGUCUGGACACCUGCCACGCCUUCGCUGCAGGUCACGACCUGGCAGCAGACGGCGGCGUGGCGGCCAUGUUGGAUCAGUUUGAUCAGGAAGUGGGGCUUCGCUACCUGAGAGCGGUUCACCUGAACGACUCUAAAGGGAAACUCGGCUGCAACCUGGACCGGCAUGAAGACAUCGGGAAAGGAAACAUCGGGCUCUCGGCGUUCCGGGACGUCGUCAACGAGCCGAGGCUGGACGGCGUCCCGCUGAUCCUGGAGACGCCCGGACGGCCGGGAUUCCAAGACGCCGAGCAAAUCGAGCUUCUCUACUCGCUGUGUGAGAAAAAUAAAGAAUGAGAGAAACAACCGAGGGCCACGCUGAGAACAUCAAACAAGAAAACUAAAGGAUAAAGUCACAACAUUAUGAAAAUAAAGUUAAAAAAAUGAAGAGAAUGAAGUCAGAACAUUAAGAACAUUUUAAAAAAUGACAAUACAAUUAAUAAAUUCAUAUUAUUUCCUUUAUUUAUGAGACUAAACAAGAAUGAAAUCAUAUUAGGCGAAUAAA